ACACAGUUCUCUCAUUCCAUGCUCACUCUCAAAUUCCUUCUCUGCCUGUCUCUCUCAUCCUUCAACAAUGGGAAAGCAAGGCUUGCCAAAGUAUCAGCGCUGUAUUCUCAAGGUGAAUAUCCACUGCGAGGGCUGCGAGCACAAAGUCAGGAAACUGCUCCAGAAAACCGAUGGGGUUUAUUCUGUCAACAUAGACGCGGAUUCAGGAAAGGUGCUGGUGGAGGGCAACUUGGAUCCGGCCAGACUCAUAAGGAAGCUCAAGAGGGCAGGGAAACAUGCCGAGUUAUGGGGUGGCCAGAGAGGCAACGUGUACAAUCAAAACUAUCCUCCCACUGACCAGUUCAAAAACUUGCAAAUUGAUCCUACAAAAAUGGGAAAGCACAAUGAGCCUCACAAGGUUAUCGGGAAGAACCAGCAGAUAGGGGGCGGUGGUCAAUUGCCACACUUCCAAAACAAAGGAGCGAAGAAUCUCAUGGUACCCUUCAAGGACCAGAAAUCCGUCAAGUUCAACCUACAGGAGGAGGAUGAUUUCGAUGCAAGUGAAGACGACGGCGUGGAAGACCUUGACGAAUUUGACGAUUAUGACGAGUUUGACGACUACGAGGGCGAGGAGGAAGACGAUGAAGAGGUCAGGCACGCGCAUCCUCUGAUGCCAAACAAGGCCGUCAGCAUGAUGGGUGGUGGAAUGGCCAUGGCGAACGGACGCGGACCACACGGGCCCGCCAUGAAUGUUGAGAAAGCAAACGGUGGUGUGAACGGCAAGAAAGGUAAAGUGUUUGAUUUGGCCGUACAAAUGAAGGGCAAAGGUGGAAAUAAAAAAGAGAACGGAGGAGGGAAAAAGAAGAAGAAUGGGGAAUGGGGAGGAGGCAAAAAAGACAAAGGGGGAAAACGGAAAGCAGACGGUGACAAGAAAGAUGGCAAAAGCAGUGGGGGUUUCCUGGGUCGCUUGCUGGGGCUCGGCAAGAACACCAAGAAAGCAGAUGUCACCAAGUUUAAGAAAAACGGUGCUCCCAACAACAAAGCCAGUGAUAAGGAAGCCAAGAAAAGUGGGGCCAGGUUCGAGGGUCACAACUGUAAAAAACUAGAUGAUGAUGAUUUCCGUGCUUUUGAUAUUCCAAUCAAGCCCAAGCCUGGCAAGGGGGUCAAAUGUAACGGAAACGCCUUGCCCGGAAAGGCGGGCCACAUGGCUCCUCCACCUGCUCAAAUGGGGCCGAUGCAUCAGAUGAGGAAUAUUCCGGUCCCGGCCGUUCAGGGUCUCCCGGCGUCGGCCGCCAUGAACGGUGGGUUUUACCAAGGGAUGCAAGUGCAGCAUCCUCAUCCUCUUCCGUAUAAUCCCCAGCAGCAGCAAUACCUGACCAUGAUGAUGAACCAGCAACAACAGCUACAGCAGGCGAAUAUGAACCAUAUGUACCCGGCGAUGAUGUACGGGAGGCCGCAGGGCCCGAUGGGUUACAUGCCGCCGCCGCCGAUGCCGCCGCACCCCAUGGCGGAUCCGUUGACGCACGUUUUCAGCGACGAGAACACCGAGAGCUGCACUAUCAUGUGAACGAAUGAUGAAGUGUCUGUUGGAUUGAAUGGGGUUUUUCUGUUCCAGUCAUGAAAUUUUGUUUAUGGAAAUAGCAAUGUGCAAAUAUUUAGGGUAUUUAGUAAGAAGUAAUUUGACCAUAAGGCAUGGUGUGUCGGGUUGGGCUGAAAGCUAACUUUUAAUGGGAUUGCGAAGAAGGGUCACAGCUAAACUCACAUGGCUUUCCUGAAAUUCUGAAAGGGGAGGGAGGUCACCCAAAUAAUGAAUUGAAUGCUCUUCAGUUAUGCCAUGGCUAGGACUGGCAUGAUACCAUAGGCGUUCCCCACACACCAUGCUGGUCACCGUAUUAAAUGGGAUGCUUGUGCAAGUUUAGACCCACCAUCAAUUAUGACUCGUGAGAUGAGCAGCUUUCGUCCUGUUCUGUUCUCCAGUGUAGAGUAAAUUCAAAGGGUAAACGGGUAAAAUAUGUUCUCUCUGAUGCCCCGCCGUCAGAUAGAGUGGAUUGUUGUAUUCUGGUUUCAUGAGUGCGCAUGCCAGCAAUUUGACUUCAUCGCAUCUUCUGCAA